AUGGGGAGAAAGGUCCAGUUUUUGUGGUUUAAAGUUAGAUGGGUCUCAUCUUGUGACCUGUUAUGGAUCAAACUCAGCAAUAACAUAUGGAACUCCAAGUCGUUUCCCAUUUAUUGGUCUAACUGCGGUGAUGGCUUUGUUUGUGGACUUCUCAUGGAGUCUAACCAGCCAUAUUGUUGGGGAAGCAGUGGUUAUAUCCAAAUGGGUGUCCCUCAACCCAUUAUUAAAGAAGCUCAAUAUAUAGAAAUCAGUGCUGGUGAUUACCAUUUGUUCAGUCAAUAUCAGCAGGCUCAGAAUUCAAUUGUGGAUUGUUUUCUCAGAACAGAACAGUCUUUUGCUGGGGGUGAUGAGACUAGUAGCAGGGUUAUCAGCUUGAUCCCGAAAAAAUUCAGGUUUCGGAAGAUUGCAGCAGGUGGGUAUCAUGUAUGUGGGAUUUUAGAGAGUGUGAAUUCUAGACCCUAUUGUUGGGGAAGAAGCUUGGACAUGGAAGAAGAAAUCUCAGUGGCGUAUUCGGGUCAAGGGAAUGUUGAUUUGGCCCCAAAUGAACCAAUGCUCUCAGUUGUGGGAGGGAAGUUCCAUGCUUGUGGGAUUAAGAGCUCUGACCGUGGGGUGAUUUGUUGGGGAUUUAUUGUGAAACCAAGUACACCGGCUCCUAAAAGUAAGAAGGUUUAUGAGAUUGCUGCUGGAAAUUACUUCACUUGUGGAGUUAUUGCUGACAAAUCUUUCUUACCUGUUUGUUGGGGUCUUGGAUUUCCAACUUCUCUUCCCAUAGCUGUGGCACCUGGAUUCUGCAAGUCCACUCCUUGUGCUCCUGGUUUCUACGAGUUUAGUCAUGAGAGUGCCUCUUGCAAAUAUCCUAACUCUCGCAUAUGCAUGCCUUGCAGCGAUGGUUGUCCUGCUGAAAUGUACCAAAAAACGGGAUGCACUCUGAAAUCUGAUAGACUUUGUGAAUAUAACUGUUCCAAUUGUUACUCAGCUGACUGCUUUUCAAAUUGCUCAUCUUCGUAUUCCGAUGCCAAGACGAAUGAAAGGUUUUGGUCGAUGCAAUUACCUAUCAUAAUUGCAGAGAUUGCCUUUGCUGUGUUCUUGGUUAGUGUUGUGUCUAUAACUGCAUUUUUAUAUGUUCGCUAUAAGUUACGAGACUGUCAGUGCGCAGCAAAAGAUUCGAAGUCUAAAAAGAAUAGUCGGAGUGAUUCUCCUUUCCAUAAAGACAAUGGUAAGAUUCGUCCCGAUUUGGAUGACCUGAAGAUAAGGAGGGCUCAGAUGUUCACUUAUGAGGAGCUUGAAAGGGCUACAGCCGGCUUUGAAGAAGUGUCUGUUGUGGGAAAGGGUAGCUUCUCCUGUGUUUUCAGAGGUGUUUUGAAAGAUGGGACAGUUGUUGCUGUCAAAAGGGCUAUAGUAUCUCCCAACAUGCAAAAGAAUUCGAAAGAGUUCCAUACAGAGCUAGACUUGCUCUCAAGAUUAAACCAUGCGCAUUUACUCAAUCUGCUUGGCUAUUGUGAAGAAGGUGGGGAAAGGCUUCUUGUUUAUGAGUUCAUGGCUCAUGGAUCAUUGCAUCAACACCUCCAUGGAAAGAACAAAUCCUUGAAAGAGCAAUUGGAUUGGGUUCGAAGGGUCACUAUUGCAGUCCAGGCAGCUCGGGGAAUUGAAUACUUGCACGGUUACGCUUGCCCACCGGUGAUUCAUCGAGACAUUAAGUCUUCAAACAUCCUCAUUGAUGAGGAACACAAUGCUCGAGUGUCUGAUUUUGGUUUAUCAUUAUUGGGACCUGCAGAUAGUGGAUCCCCAUUGGCGGAGCUACCAGCUGGAACUCUUGGGUAUCUUGAUCCUGAGUACUACAGACUUCACUACCUUACAACCAAAUCUGAUGUUUAUAGUUUUGGUGUUUUGCUGUUGGAGAUUCUUAGUGGCAGAAAAGCCAUUGAUAUGCAAUAUGAAGAUGGAAAUAUAGUUGAAUGGGCAGUGCCUCUUAUCAAGUCAGGAGAGAUAAAUGCAAUUCUGGAUCCAGUUUUGAAACCCCCACCUGACCUUGAAGCCUUGAAAAGAAUUGCCAAUGUAGCCUGCAAGUGUGUGAGAAUGAGAGGGAAGGAGAGGCCAUCAAUGGAUAAAGUGACGACAGCACUAGAACGAGCUCUUGCGCUGUUAAUGGGCAGCCCGUGUAACGAGCAACCUAUUUUGCCAACUGAGGUGGUACUGGGAAGCAGUAGAUUGCACAAAAAGUCCUCUCAAAGAUCUUCAAACAGGUCGGUCGACACUGAUGUGGUAGAAUCGGAGGAUCAAAGGUUCGAAUUCAGAGCUCCUUCAUGGAUCACAUUCCCAAGUGUUGCCUCUUCCCAAAGGAGGAAGUCCUCGGUCUCAGACGUCGAUGCUGAUGGGAAGAACUUAGAAGCUAGAAACUUGGGCAAUUGUGGGAGCGGUGGUGAUGGGUUGAGGAGUUUGGAGGAAGAGAUUGGACCUGCUUCACCUCAAGAGAAGUUGUUCUUGCAGCACAACUUUUAA